AUGCCAUCCGAGGUACAAAUCAAAGCCACCUACAAACCUCUGGACUCAGGCAAGAAAGAGUUCAGAAUCCUUAUCCUUCAAGCUGGCCAGCAUCCCGAUAUUGUCAGAGCCAACCUACGGAUAGACUCCGUGGCAGCCGAGCAAACACCUCAGUACGAGACGAUACCCUACUGCUGGGGCUCUUCGGACCGUCGCGAGCAAAUCGAAGUGGAUGGCCACAUGAUACAAGCCCCAGCCAGCUCGGUCGACGCACUCCGCCGGGUGAGGCUACCUGACCGUGAGCGAGCAGUAUGGAUCGAUUCGCUGUGUAUCAAUCAACAAGACCCCGAGGAGCGGACACAGCAAGUUGCUAUGAUGGGUGAUGUCUACAGCAAAGGCGACUGCAACGUCAUCUAUCUCGGCGAGGGCGAUGAGACUACCUCAAGCGCGCUGAGAUCCAUAGAGAUGUUAGCCCAGGUAGAACCGGGGGAGGACGACGAAGUAAGACGACCCCAAGAAGGACACAGGUCGUCCGGUCGGCCCACUGAAGACCCUGAAACCCCUGGUCGCUUUGAUGUAGACGUCGAAGCGUGCAAUCGGGUUUUCUCAUUGCCAUGGUUUGGACGACUUUGGGUAUUUCAAGAGGCGAGUCUCUCAGUUCGAAACCGUUGUCUCAUCGGUACGGAGGAGGUCGAUAUGUUGGAUCUCCUGCGUGCCAACUACGUUAUUGCAGCGAACAAUGACCCCCAAUUUCACCGAUGUAGGUAUAGCGGGUUGUUAUUGGGAUUGCUACUCCUGCGGCACGCUAAGCCGGAAGAUGUCUCUGAACACCAGCCCUUCAGCUUUCUUCUGUGUCGAACGGGAGGUCUUCGCGUCUCCGAGCCGCGAGAUUUCAUCUUUGCAUUGCUGGGCAUAUAUCAGUCUUGGACAGCGCAAAGACGUCUUGACGCUUUACUCACACCAGACUAUCGCAAGCCAGUAACAGAGGUGUUCCGCGAUGCUGUCAGAUUCGCGAUCAUAGAAGAUGGCAACCUAUGGUGGCUCCAGCAGGUCAAUCCUUCAUCCUUGGAGGAGAUAGAUCAAAUAGGAUUGCCAUCCUGGGCCAUCGAUAUGAGACAAUGGGAUGCGCAGCGCGCUAUCAUCUUCGAGGGCUCUUAUGAAGGUGCUAAGAUACCUACGUCCUCAAUCUGGCAGGAUAAUAGACCCAAUCUUAUGAGCUUGAGAGGUGUCGUGGCCAGGGCUAUCAAGAGCGCAAGCCGGACACUGGAGGCCAACGUGCUCGAGAGUGCAACUUUGCUAGCAUGCUGGAUCCUUGAGACUCUCGGUACAAGUUCGACGAUCGACUUGAGAUGGACAGCAUUUCUCGAGGCACUCGGCUUUGGACGGCAAAACAAGUGGGAAGGAGGCCGAAGAGUCGAGCGCGUGGAGCUCAUAGCUUAUCUUCGUCAUUGGGCGAGCGUGUCUCGAGACCCUCAGUCUACGGAACAACAGAUCGAAGAAGCCCUGAGAGCGAUGAAACCGUUUGCGGAAGCACUGCUGAGCAACGACUCGAUGAAUCGCAACGUCUUGAGGCCAGACAUGAAGUUCUGUUGCGACGAAGCUGGAAAUAUCGGCUUGGCGCCUCAGCUCUCCCAGGAGGGCGACCUGAUCGUGGUGCUGUAUGGCGGCAGGCCUCCGUUCGUGCUUCGUCCUUGCGAGGAGGACUACAGACUACUCGGCCCUUGUUAG